AUGGGAGUAAUAAAGGACCCACAGCAGAUCUACAUACCAGAGUAUCUCAAUGAAAAGUUUUUCUCUGAUACUCUGGAAGAGGGACUACGGGAAUCUAAGGUGACCUUGAAGGAGAUCAACUUUGAGUGGGGAUGUAAUCCAGGGGACAACUACUGCUCGACAAUCUAUCGUGUCCAGGUAUCGUUUUCAAAAUGGGUAGAUGGCAAGGAGUCGCCAGAGGAGGAGCAGCUAUCGCUGAUCGUGAAGACCAUUCCAAUCACAGAGGCCACGCAGUUCCUGGAGGACGUUAGUGCGUUUACCAAGGAGAAACAGACCUACACAGACGUCCUCCCACGGCUCGAAGUUCUGAGCCGCAACGACAAGUUCGGGGCAAAGUACUAUCAUUCAAUCAAAAGCCCUGUGCAAACUAUUGUCUUUAGUGACCUAAAAGUGGAGGGCUUCAAGGUAGCCUCUCGGGAAUCCGGUUUGAACUGGAAUCAUGCCUCCCUAAUUCUCCAACAACUGGGCAAGUUCCACGCUACCUCAAUGGUAUUGGCUGAAAAGGAUCCUGCCAUCUUGAAAAGAUAUACCCGCGGUAUGCUAAGCGAAGAUAUUCUGAUGAAGAGUGAUACCCUGGAACAAAUGUUUGGCGGCUUCCUCAAGGGUGUCAUCAAGAGUUCUGCAAGCUGGGCCGGCUUCGAGAAGAUUAGUGCGAACUUGCAGCGCCUUUUGGAUAACUUCCGUCAGGUGUUUGUGGCGGCAGUUAAGCCAAAGCCCGGAGAUCGCUAUGUUGUUCUGAACCAUGGUGAUAUGUGGACGAAUAACUUUAUGUACGCUUAUGAUGACCCUACCAAUCCGGAAGUUCCCACGCAGGCCAUCUUUGUUGACUUCCAACUGAGUUUCUACGGAAGUCCGGCAUGCGACUUGAAUUUCUUCCUCAACACAAGCCUAAAGUUUGAGCUUGUCCAGGUGCGGAGGGAAGAACUCAUCAAAGUGUAUUAUGCCGCUUUCAAGGACGCCUUGGAAUACGCCCGGUUCGAACACAUUCCCACCUACGAAGACCUGCAAUAUGAGCUUCGCAGUCGCGAAACAUGUGGAUUGUUUGGCUUGUUAGCGUUCCUGCCACUGAUCACUAUGCCCAAGGAACUGGCCCAGGACAAUAGUAUAGAAAAUAUGCAGGACGAAGAUUUUAAGCAGCGCAAGAUGGAUGCCAUAUUUGGCCAAAAGUUUCUCAGCGAUUAUCAGAAGUGGGCCCUGAAGCGUGCCGAUUCCCUUGGUGUCUUUGGUGAUUACUAG